AUGGUGGCCCAAGCCCUAGCUAAUCCCACUCAUUAUCGUCAAGUGGUGGGUGCCCUUCAAUACUUAACGCUCACACGUCCAGAUAUCGCUUUCGCAGUCAAUAAGGCAUGUCAAUUUAUGCAUGCUCCCUCUAAAGAUCAUUGGAGCGCCGUGAAGCGCAUAUUACGCUACUUGAAGCACACUAUUCACAACGGUCUUGAAAUUUCUCGAAAUUCUCAUAUGAGCCUCCAAGCUUUUUCAGAUGCCGAUUGGGUGGGUUGCAUUUUUUAUCGUCAGUCUACUGGUGGGUUAGCAAUUUUCCUUGGGCAUAAUCUAAUCUCGUGGUCGGCCCGUAAACAACGCAUUGUGGCUCGUUCAUCCACUGAGUCUGAGUACAAAGCUCUAGCCGAUGCGGCUGCCGAGUUGUCAUGGCUACAGUCUUAA